GCACUGCUGCUUCCUCUCCCCCACCGCAACGAUGUCCGGAUUUUCAGACCAGCUCGAAGAAAUCAAAUCCCUGAUAUCUUCAGCCGCCACCAAAGCAAACAAGUCAUUCGCCUACUCCACCCUCUUACACCUCCAGCAGCAAUCCUCCGACUGCCACGAUUUAAUUCAAAUGCUUGCGCGGAGCAGCCGGAGCCUCAUCCGUCCGACCGUCGCCGAUGUUCGGAACAAUGACGAAGAAAUUGCAACUCAGGCAUUGAAAUGCUUGGGCUUUAUGAUAUAUCAUCCGUCCAUCGUCGCCGAAAUCGCAGCGGAUGAUGUCAAAUUUGUUUUAGAUUCACUGGCAAAGCUCAUUACAACCACGAAAAUGAAGUCUGUUUGCAAUUUAGGGGUGUGGUGCAUAUCUAUCCAACAAUUGAGUACACCACUUUUAGCUGCCCAUUUCCAUUCUCUUUUGCUUGCGAUUGUUCAUGCCAUUGACAAUCCUAUCGGUUCUUUGUCGACUACUUUUGAGGCUAUUCAGGCUGUUAUGAAGUUAGCAACUUUGUUAAGUGAGAAUAUGAGAGAGAUGUCGCAUAUAUGGGCUCCUCCAGUAUAUAGAAGACUCCUUAGCUCUCAUAAGAGGGAGGGAUAUGUCAGAGAGGUGUUUAUUGAACACUAGGUGUACAAUAUUACCCCCUCCGCUAAAUCUUUCCAAGGUACUCACUUGCACAUGUCAUUUUCUUGUAGUAUGACUUCUAGUAUGGGUAGCUUAUGCCGUGUCAUGGAAAAAUUAACCAUAAGAUUAUAUAGCAUCCCUUCCAUUGGUUCCACGGGUCUCACAUAG